ACAGAGAAUAUUUUAUUUUUUGCUGGAACCAAGAAAACAACGUAGAGUUGGACGACGCACUAAUUUAAUUUUAUUAUUAUUUUUUCUUUGCCUACUCGCAAUAAAAAAACAAUACAUAUUUUUCAUAACAACAAAAUCAAAUCAAAGGCAAAAAGUGAAUAACAACAAUAACAGAGAGAAAAAAGUGUUAAUUGUGGAAUUAUUUUUCCUUUGGUGAACAAAGCUGCUUCUUAUAUCUUAAUUUACCACCAUCACCAGAGUCUCCCCAACUACUCCAACACUUGCUAACUAAUCUAAGUCUUCGCAAUUACUACAACCCAACAAACACAACAUCACAAUGUCAUCAGCCGAAGCCACCAAUGAAGUUGAUGUCCAUCAUGACGAAGAUGUCCAUGAUUCCAACUAUCAACCACCGCCAGAAAAAACCAUUGAAGAAAUUAUGGCUGCCGAUCAGGAAGAUGAAAGUCUGAGACGUUACAAAGAACAAUUGCUGGGUGAGGCCCAGGCGGAGAAAAUUAUUGUGGAUCCCAACGAUGAACGCAAAGUUUUGGUGAAAAAGCUAGCCUUGGUCUCAGAAGGUCGCCCCGAUAUGGAAUUAGAUUUGACGGGCGAUUUAACUCAGCUAAAGAAACAAGUUUUUGUUAUCAAAGAAGGUGUCCAAUAUCGAGUGCGCAUUGAUUUCAUUGUUCAAAGAGAAAUUGUGCAUGGCCUUAAAUAUGUACAAAAGACUUAUCGUUUAGGUGUCCCUGUUGAUAAAAUGACCCAUAUGGUUGGCUCAUAUCCACCCAAAAAGGAAAUCCAAUGUUAUAUUACACCACCUGAGGAGGCACCCUCUGGCAUGAUGGCUCGUGGUACUUAUUCGGUUGCAUCCCUCUUCACCGAUGAUGAUAAACAUCAGCAUUUGAAAUGGGAUUGGACAUUUGAAAUAAAAAAGGAUUGGGAAUAAACGAGGAGAAGGAGGAGGAGGUGUGUCGCGAAUGGAUGGAGAUGGUCUGUCUGCUGUCUGGCGCAACAGAUAGAGCAUGUAUAUGUGUGUGUAUGUACGUGCGUGCAUUAGUGUAUAAAGAAAAGCAACAUAAACUCAAGCAACAACAACAAUAACAAUAUAGGCUGCAUUAAAAAUUUUACAAAAAAAAGAAA